AUGGCCACGAUGGGUGGGGACCGAAGGCAGAUGAUGGAGGAUGCGGCGGAGGACAAGUUUCCCGAAGGGUUACGCGUCCUCGUCGUGGACGACGACCGCGUCUGCCUCAUGGUACUUGAAGCCCUGUUGCGCCGCUGUAAAUACCAACUGAUAUCCGUUGAUUGCGACAAGAAGGUUGUGAUGAAGGGGAUAGAUCAUGGCGCGUCCGACUUUAUGGUGAAGCCAGUGCGUACCCAUGAGCUCAAAAACAUAUGGCAACAUGUUCAAAGGUGGAGAAAUCCCAAAGCAAUAAGCCACAUCAGCGAUCAUGACAAUGAUGUCCAGAGAGUUCAACCAGCGACUACUGACAAGAGUAAGUACUCGGGGAAUAAGAGAAAUGUUGGAGAUGAUUCUAGCGAGAACAAUGAGGGCACGCAUAUAUCCGCCAUCCACAGAAAGCCCCGGAUGACAUGGACAAUUGCGCUGCAUAACAAGUUUCUAGAAGCUAUCAACCAGAUCGGCCUUGAUAGGGCUGUUCCAAAAAUGGUAUUGGAGCUGAUGAAUGUGGAUCACCUCAGUAGAGAGAAUAUUGCGAGUCAUCUACAGAAGUAUAGAUUGCACUUAAAAAGAGUUAAGUCAAAUCCCUCUAGUGAUGCAUAUGAAAGAUGGAACUCAUCGUACAACAUGAACAACAAGGGCAAUUUCAUGCAUAAUCACGAACAUGGAAGAUGGAGUGUGUCCUCUGGCGACACUGCCUCUUGGAGUACAAACAAGUAUGGUUCAACGGGUCACUUGGCUCCGCCGAUGAACAUCCAAAGCAACUUCUACACAGGGUCAUACCUCCAUGAUCGUAGAAUGCCAAAGUAUGUUGGGAAACUACCGUCAGAUGCGAGAAGAUUCACAGGUUUUGCUGACCCUCCCGUCAGCCUAUACGACAACAUACCCAAUGAGAUAAUGUCAGAUGAAUUUCCAUCAUUCAAUUAUAGUAAUUCCUAUGCUAACAUCAUGCAUGGCAAGAUAAUGGAGAUAAGCAAAGGCAAAACCCCUUCCAAUCUUCAAAGUUCAUUUGCAAACACAACAGUUGGUGGCGGGAGGUCUCUUGUUGCAUCACAGGUGAACUUCCCACAUAGCAACCAACUAGAGGGAUAUGCAGUGUCAUCUGGCCGGCUGCCUCUGCAAAAUGAAAAGGCACCAUUCAUAAGCAACACCACAUCAGUGGGAGGCUUCACUGAGCAGAUGGCACCAUUCAACAUGGCAAGCAACAUAAGCUCAGUAGGAACGAUGUUGAAUGGUAACUCUACACUUGAUGCAAGUAGAACUUCAACUAAUGAUACUCAUCUGGUCAAAAGUGAAAGAACUACUUCGAUGCUUCACACCCUUCAGACAGAUGAUUUCGUCUCAUUGACUCAGCUACAUGAUGGUGGGGAUGGAGCUAGCAUUGUUCCUAUGCAAGAAGGCACACUUAAUCAGCAACCUCUUAAUGAUCAUUUGAAUGAAAUCAGUGCCUUCUCAAUGGAUGAUAUAUUUUCCAACAUGCAUGUGGAAGAUUUCACUGGAGAUGAUGCUAUCGUGGAAGAAGCAUGA